AUGCGUCAAUAUUUCGAUGGAUACCGCUUCCCCGUUGUCUCCUACUAUCACACGAACCACCCGACGGAAAAUCACAACAAAGUGAAUACUAGUGUCGGUGCUGAUAAUGACAGUGAUGAAGAAAUAGUAAAAAAGAACAAAAUCAAUAUUAAACGAACACACGGUGCUACUUCUGUCUCUGUGCGACUUCUGCGCUCCGGCCAAUUCCACGCAUCACUUCCACUAGAUAGUUUUCUCAAUUCUUACAUAACAAAACCGGUGGCCGGAUCGAUGCGGUCUCGACGAUUCCGAUUGCUCCGAGUUGUGCGGAUUCGAUUACACGAAACCGACAUGGACACAAUUCGUACCAGUCCUGACUCAUUCCUUCCAAUCGAAGCGGAACCCACCGGUCAGGUCUCAGGUCUCAUGAGUCAACUGUGUCUGGAUGACUCGGUCUCGUUACCCACCGGAUCUUCUUCCACACCCGGAUCAACUUCCCGAACCAGUUGGUACAUUCCUUUAACUUUGGGUCCACCGACAGCAAGUGGUAGCGCCUCGUUUACCGGCACUGUUAUAGUUCUAACUGGUCCGGGAAGUGGGCGCACGUGGCAACCAUUACUCACCAGUCUCACACAGGCAAGCUAUCACCAUUAUCGAAUUGUGGCUGGCUCCUCAUCUUCGCCCUUUUUCGCUCACUUUUGUCGUGGUCUCUAUGUAUUCUCAGUGUAUAUUGAUUUACUGAUUUUAUGCCCUGCCACCCGAACUCUGUCCGGUUUUGAGGAUUUGAUCGAACGGGAAUGGGUUCGUUACGGCUAUCCGUUUGCUCCGGACCCACCUGACUGGCACGAUAGUUCCGUGGUCGAGGACUAUGAUGCUGGGGCCACGUUCGCCUUGUUUCUAGACUGCGUACACCAGAUGUUGUACCAAUACCCCACGGAAUUCGCAUUUACUGAGUGUACAAAUGCGUAG